CAAGCAUAUCCUUUCCACAGCCUGAAUUUCCUUCCCAGUUUGCUGUGCAGUCCUCUCUGUGUGGAUUCAUCCCUUUGGAGUUCCUGGGUUCAGAGCUGGGAGCAAACUGUCCCCGUGCUCAGGCCAGGGUGUUCUGGGACAUUCACAGCUCCAGGAGCCUUUCCUUCACCUCUGGAGGUACUGAACCUGCAGCAGGAACACCAACCUCUUCUUUUUUAGUCAGUGAGGUUACUUGGGAAGAAACAGAGGUCAAAUGUCUGAAACUUCCCAUGUUUGUGAAAGCAAGAUAUGUUUUUUAAUAUGAAAUCCUGAUACUUUUGGCAGUUGUAGCUUGAUUUCUGAGAAGCGGCUUUUUGCAUCAGUGCAUUUCUUCUGGUUUCAAGGCUUCUAACCCAGUGCUGGCUCACUCUUCAAGGGUUUUCCUGUGACUGGAUAUCAAAUAUUCACCAGACAGAUGAGUCUUGGCCAUGUGGUGUAAAGCAGACAUGUUAUAUUUGAUUAAUGAGGCUGUUGAGAUAACAAGGCUUUGCUGUAUGCUGCUUGAUUUAUCUUAAAGGCUUUUCUGAAUUUGGCACCAAGUUCCUGCAGGUAGGAAUUGGUUAUCUCCUGUCUCCUGUGCUGCCCAAAUUGGAAAUGCAGGAUUUCUCAUUGCAGCAGAGCAAGGAGCGUUGUGCUGACGCUGUGCUCGGUGACUUUCUUCUCUUCCUGAAAGCUCCCGUGCUGCUGUUGUAAGAGAGGAGGAGGCAUUUGUUGUGGUUCACUCGAGAACAUUCAGUUCAAAAAUAGAACUGCAGGAGAAGGUUCACUUCCCAGAGGUUCAGUUUCAUCCCAGCAAUGGAUGCAGGCACACAUCCAAAGGCGUAUGGAAAUCCGCCGGCUCCUAUUCCAGCAUGAGCAAAACAAGCCCAAAUUGAUCGGUGAAAUCUAAUCUGCAGCUUCUGCUUGUUUGUUUUGCAUCUUCCAAUAAGACAGGGCACGUUUGCUCUGAGUUUUGGCUGAAGUGCUGGGCUUACCUUGCUCUGAGUUUUGAUUGUGUUUGCGGGGAAAAAAUCGAGAGCUUCAGGAGCUGGAGCUUACCUGUUGGUCCUCGUGAUUUGAGAAGGUGAAGAAUGACAGAAACAAGAUUUAUUCUGCUUUUCUGCCUGUGAAUCAGCAAAAAGGGGGAAGAGGAAGAAGAGCUGGUUGUGGACGGUCCUUCCUGCUGUGGGUGGCAGCCCUGGGUGGUGCCAGCACUCGGUGACGGCGUCGUUGCCUCCGAGAAGGGGGGACUGGCAGCCAACAGGCACUUGGACAUUUUGUGAUAGCCACGCUGGGUUGUUAUCUCGAGAACUGAAGGCCACAUGUGAGCUUGGCAGAACUUCUUGAUCCAGUCCUAUUUGAGCUGGUUGCUUGUUUAAUUCCAAAGGUCGUGUUGAUCAUGGACAGUGAAGAAAUCCCUACUUUUUCGAGUCCAAAGGAGGAAACUGCAUAUUGGAAAGAGCUUUCCUUGAAGUACAAACAAAGCUUCCAGGAGGCUCGUGAAGAGCUGGCUGAAUUCCAGGAGGGAAGCAGGGAAUUAGAAGCUGAGUUGGAGGCACAGCUAGUGCAAGCUGAGCAGAGGAACAGAGAUUUGCAAGCAGAUAACCAAAGACUGAAAUAUGAAGUGGAAACAUUAAAGGAGAAGCUGGAGCACCAGUAUGCCCAGAGUUACAAGCAGGUGUCGUUGCUGGAGGAUGACCUGAGCCAGACAAGAGCCAUCAAAGAUCAGCUGCACAAAUAUGUGAGGGAGCUGGAACAGGCCAAUGAUGACCUGGAACGUGCAAAGAGGGCAACAAUAGUUUCAUUGGAAGACUUUGAACAAAGGCUGAACCAAGCUAUUGAGAGAAAUGCAUUUUUAGAAAGUGAACUGGAUGACAAGGAGUCAUUGCUGGUCUCUGUACAGAGAUUAAAGGAUGAAGCAAGAGACCUGCGUCAGGAGCUGGCUGUGAGGGAACGGCAGCAGGAGGUGACCCGGAAAUCAGCACCCAGCUCUCCCACUCUGGACUGUGAGAAGAUGGAUUCAGCUGUCCAGGCCUCUCUCUCCUUGCCAGCUACACCCGUUGGAAAAGGAUCAGAAAAUAGUUUUCCUUCCCCAAAAGCUAUACCAAAUGGGUUUGGUACCAGCCCACUGACUCCUUCAGCUCGAAUAUCUGCACUCAACAUCGUGGGGGAUCUGCUACGGAAAGUGGGGGCCUUAGAAUCCAAACUAGCUGCUUGCAGGAAUUUUGCGAAGGACCAGGCAUCACGGAAAUCCUACAUUUCAGGGAACAUCAACAGCGCCGUGAUGAGCAGCAACGGCACAAAGUACCCACACCCAGGGCACACCUCCUUCUUCGACAAGGGGGCAGUGAACGGCUUUGACCAAGGGCCGCCGGGCCUGGGGGGCUCCCGACCGUCCUCGGCGCCGGGAAUGCUCCCCCUGAGCGUAUGAGCCGCGGGAGUUUGGACUUGGAUGCUUUUCUCAGCCCACCUCGAGAAGAACUGCUCCCGAUUCCUCCCCAUUCCCACCCACCCCGCUGGAACAUGACCCUGAGAGGAGACCCCGAGCCCACGGCCCUCCAUGUCCUCCUGUCAAUACAGUUUGUUUUCUGCUGUCGCUGUAGUGGACGUUCUCUGCCCCGGCCCCACGGGCUGCCACCUUCUGCUGUGCUUGGGGACACCGAGUCCUGCUCUGCCUGGGGGACAGGCCCAGCCUCGCCCUCUUGGCUCUCCCUCUCCUCUCCCUUAGGUCUGGCAGAGCCCGGGCCGCUGCUCUCCCGGCUCCCCCGUCCCCUCCCAGCCCUGCUGCUCUCAGACCUCGUGGAAGUGGCCUGGGGGAGACCAGCGCUGCUCUUGGGAGCCGGCCCCAGCUCCUGGCCCAGGACAGGGUGAGCAGCUCCAUCCCCUCUGCCCUGGGGGUCACAGCCCAGCCCCGCAGCU